CACGGUGACAAAGUACCCAGGAUGCCCCAGACAAGCAAGUCCAGAAACGCCCCGACAUCGGACUCUCCACGUUCAGCAAGGAAUCCAGACCCAGAGGAGUGCCGAGAUGUGGGGGAGACUGGACGAGGAGGAGGUGGGGCUGAGGACAACCAAGGAGACAGUGAGAUCAUUAAAUCUCCAAGUGAUACCAAACAAUACAGGUACAUUGUGCUGAACAACGGCCUCCGAGCUCUCCUCAUCUCAGACUACAGCACCCUAGCGGCAUUGGAGGAGGAGGAGGAGGAGGAGGAGGAAGAAGAGGAGGAGGAGGAUAACGAGGAAGAGGAGGAAAAAGAUGACUCUGGCGACGAAAUGGAGGAGUCAGAUGAGGGCAGCGACGAUGAGGACGAUGACGGAGAGGGGAAGAAGAGGAAAGGGCGUGCCGACAAGCAGUCUGCAGCAGCACUGUGUGUCGGAGUGGGCAGCUUUAGCGACCCCGGCGACCUCCCCGGCCUUGCCCACUUUCUGGAACACAUGGUGUUCAUGGGCAGCAAGAAAUACCCCUUGGAAAACGGCUUUGAUGCCUUCCUCAAGAAGCAUGGCGGGAGCGACAACGCCUCCACCGACUGCGAGAGGACCGUCUUCCAGUUUGACGUCCAGAGGAAAAGCUUCAAAGAGGCGCUCGACAGGUGGGCUCAGUUCUUCAUCUGUCCUCUGAUGAUCCGCGACGCCAUCGACAGGGAGGUGGAAGCUGUUGACAGUGAGUACCAGCUGGCUAAGCCGUCAGACUCCCACAGGAAGGAGAGGCUGUUUGGCAGUCUGGCCAAAGCCGGACACCCCAUGGGCAAGUUCUGCUGGGGGAACGCGCAGACUCUGAAGGAGGAACCCAAGAGGAAGAAGAUCAGCGUUUACAAGCGGCUGCGAGCCUUCUGGAAGAAACACUACUCUGCCCAUUACAUGACCCUGGCUGUGCAGUCUAAAGAGAAACUGGACACGCUGGAAGAAUGGGUUCGAGAGAUCUUCAGCAAGGUGCCCAACAAUGGCCUUCCCAAGCCAGACUUCUCCGACCUACUAGAUCCCUUCGACACCCCGGCCUUCAACAAGCUGUACCGAGUCGUCCCCGUGCGGAAAGUUCAUGCUUUGAAUAUCACCUGGGCACUCCCCCCUCAAGAGAAGCACUACAGAGUGAAGCCUCUUCACUACAUGUCUUGGCUGAUUGGCCACGAAGGCAGAGGAAGCAUCCUUUCUGUGCUCAGGAGGAAGUGCUGGGCUCUUGCUCUGUUUGGCGGCAACAGCGAAACCGGCUUUGACCAGAACAGCACUUACUCCAUCUUUUCCAUCUCCAUCACCCUCACCGACGAAGGUUUCCAGAACUUCUACCAGGUGACGCACCUGGUGUUCCAGUACCUUGCCAUGCUCCAGAAGCUUGGACCUCAGCAAAGGAUAUAUGAAGAGAUUCAGAAGAUUGAGGCCAAUGAGUUCCACUAUCAGGAGGAGAGUGACCCUAUAGAGUAUGUGGAGAACAUCUGUGAGAACAUGCAGCUGUUCCCUAAAGAGGACUUCCUGACAGGAGACCAGCUGAUGUUUGAGUUCAAUACAGAGGUGAUUGGUGCGCCUCUGUCCCUGCUCACCCCAGAGAAAGCCAACCUGAUGCUGUUGUCACCAGAACACGAGGGCCGAUGUCCCCUCAGGGAGAAGUGGUUUGGAACACAAUACAGCAUGGAAGACAUCCAGACAGAGUGGAUGGAGCGCUGGAUGGGAAAUUUGGAGCUGAACAGUGAGCUUCACCUUCCAGAAGAGAACAAGUUCAUUGCCACUGACUUCACCCUAAAGGCUUCUGACUGCCCCGACACGGACUUCCCAGUGCGGAUCGCAGACAGCGAGAGAGGCUGCCUGUGGUACAGGAAGGACAAUAAAUUCAAAGCACUAAAAGCCUACAUCAGAUUCCACCUAAUCUCUCCUGUAAUCCAGCAGUCUGCUAAGAACGUGGUUCUGUUUGACCUGCUGGUCAACAUCCUUUGCCACAAUCUGGCCGAGCCCGCCUAUGAGGCCGAGGUAGCCCAGCUGGAGUACAAACUGGUCUCCGGAGAGCACGGGCUGGUGAUCAAGGUCAAAGGAUUUAACGACAAACUCCCCCUGCUGUUUCACCUGAUCGUUGAUCACCUGGCUGAUUUCCAUGCUCCGCCGGACGUCUUCAGCAUGUUCACCGAGCAGCUCAAGAAGACCUACUUCAACAUCCUCAUCAAGCCUGACAAGCUGGGCAAGGACGUACGCUUGUUAAUCCUGGAGCACUCCCGCUGGUCCAUGGUGGACAAGUACCAGGCGCUCAUUGCCGGACUGACCAGCCAGGAGCUGAUGGACUUCAGCCGGAGGUUCAAGGCCGAGCUGUAUGCAGAGGGGCUGGUGCAGGGUAACUUUAGCAGCGCUGAGUCAGUGGGCUUCCUGCAGUACGUGACAGACAAGUUGCAAUUCUCCAAGCUGCCAGUGGAGGUGCCGGUGAUGUUCAGGGUGGUUGAGCUCCCCCCUCAGCACCACAUUUGUAAAGUCAAGUCGCUGAAUAAGGGAGAUGCCAACUCUGAGGUCACAGUUUACUACCAGUCUGGGCCCAAAGCCUUGCGGGAGCAUACUCUGAUGGAACUCUUAGUGAUGCACAUGGAGGAGCCUUGUUUUGACUUCCUACGCACCAAAGAGACUCUGGGGUAUCACGUCUACCCCACCUGCAGAAACACUUCUGGUGUUCUGGGUUUCUCCAUCACCGUGGAGACUCAGGCCUCCAAGUUCAACACAGAGCUGGUGGAGCUGAAAAUUGAAGAGUUCCUCACUUCGUUUGGGGAGACAACACUUGGUGCGCUGACUGAGGACGCCUUUACUACGCAGGUGACUGCACUAGUGAAGCUGAAGGAAUGUGAGGACACACACCUUGGCGAGGAGGUGGACAGGAACUGGACUGAGGUGGUGACACAGCAGUAUGUGUUUGACCGACUCAGCAGAGAGGUGGAGGCUCUGAAGCAGAUGAGCCGUGACGAGCUGCUCUCCUGGUUCCGAGAGCACCGAGAAACCAACAGUCGCAAACUCAGUGUGCACGUGGUGGGAUUCGGCGUGGAGGAGAACGACAAGGAGAUUGCUGACGACGACAACCAAGAAGAAGGCCAAGGGGAGGGUCCAAGCAGCUCUGCAUACGGGGAGGUGUCCAAACUGACCUUCCUCCAGCCCUCGCCCAAGAUGGCAGGCGCCACAGCCAUCAUGGACGUCCCCACUUUCACUCGGGGCCUCUCCCUCUUCCCUUAUCAUAAAAUACUCAACUGAGACACCAGCGCUCUUGUCGGAGCGGAAUGUUACACGUUUUAAAAAGAAAAACGAGUCACGUGAAAGCUGCUGAGCUCACAGCUCAGAGACGUGCUUUGGAGCGGGGUGGUGUGACAAUUUGGAGCGGAGCCGUGUGCACUCGCUAUUAGCUGACCUGCUUUUUGCUGUGGAAAGGAAUCGUGUAAAGGAAUAAUUUAAUGAGUGAUGAGUGAAAGUGCGUGACUUAAUAAAAAGAAUCACAUUUCCACUCAGCGUUUCCUUCUGCAACUGCCGGUAAAGGUGGAGAAACAGGAUUUAUUUUUACUUUUUUUCUGUGUAACUUCCUGUGUGCUCUUUUUUAGAUUGU